UCAUUUUCAGUUCACUAACAACUAUCGAGUGAGUGAUACGUUUGGUUAUUUUUGUCGGUAAGGAAUUUGGUUAUACGUCAAUUGAUGUUUGAAAGAAAUAAUAAUUUUCGCCGCUUUGUUGUUUAAUUGAAAGUAAUUCUUGUGGGUAGUAAUAUUUACUAUAUCUACCGGUUUUAAGCCACUCAAGUAAAAAUAUAAUUUGCAUGUGUGCGUGUGAUUGUGUAUGAGUUGCGGACGAACCAGCAUAAAAGGAAACGAAUGUAGAUCGCUCUUAAUGUGCAACAACAACAGAAUAACAAAGAAGUAAGGAAAAAAGUGGAAAAGAUAAAAUAUCGCGAUUGUUCUUUGACUACAAGUCGUAUACAUACUUGUGUUAUAAGAUAAUAAUAAUUCUGUGCAUAAAACGCUUUAAGUGAAGCUCAGUGCGUGCGUGUUGCUAUUGUUAAUAAUACAGCUGGUAUUCGUUUUAUUUCCAUCUAAAAGCUAAACGAAGUUUAUUCACACUACCGUGUCUAUACACACAUCCCAUAAGUUAUUCGAAUACUCAACCACUGCAAUCCAACCAAACGAGCAAACUUUCUACAUAUGUAUACACGUCUGCGGGACUUUCACUGCAACUGAAAUAUUUUACUGCUAAUUGGAAAUCUAAAUUCCCAGUGACUAGAACUUUGAGGCAUUUUUGGCAAAAAGGAGGAAACGUAAUAUUUUAAAAUGUAUCCAUUCGGUUCCGGCAUGCCACAACCCAAAUCCAAUACACCAUAUAACAAUAGUUACAACCAGCCCAAUCCGGGGGCGCCUGUUGGCGUGCCAUUCGGCGCUGGUUGGAUAGCGCCCCCACAACACCCCACACAACACUCUUCGCCACAACAUUUGCCGCAGCAAAAUAGCUUACACUAUCAGCCACUGUCUCCACAUCAUCAGACUCCUUACCCACCCGCCAACAAUAUCCCACAUACUCCUCAGCAUCAUGCGCCCUAUCCACCAAUUAAUACGUCAUCUAAUGCACCCUAUCCGGGUUCAUCAUACCCACAUAAUCCCCAACAUGCACAAGCGCCAUAUCCGUUCGCUGCGGGAUCACCAACAUACGGCACUAUGGGCGGCAGCGCACACUCUCCGCAUUACACGCAUCCGCCGACGCAUCCAUCUUACGCGCCUACACAUGGAUAUACACCGGUGCCGACGUCGGUCGGUUAUGAAUCGCCAGCUGGCAAUAUUGCCCAUUGCUUCCAAGAAUUGGCCCACCUGAAAGGCCACAUGCAGCACCAUCAGCAGCCGUUUGCCCGAAGAGAGGGCACACCGACUGUACUCCCUGCACAGGGAUUCGAUCCGGUCAAAGAUGCCCAUGAUUUGCGCAAAGCCAUGAAAGGUUUUGGAACCGAUGAAGAUGCUUUAAUUAACAUCAUUUGCCGCCGUACCAAUGAGCAGAGACAGGAGAUUCAACGCCAAUAUAAAACUCAUUUUGGCAAGGACCUAAUCGAGGAUGUUAAAUCCGAGACUAGCGGCAAUUUUGAAAAGUUACUUGUCGGCCUCUUGCGUCCAAUUGUGGACUUUUACUGUGCGGAGCUAAAGGACGCCAUGGCGGGUAUUGGCACCGACGAGGAGGUGCUCAUCGAAAUACUUUGCACUUUAUCAAAUGUGGAAAUUCACACCAUCAAAAACCAGUACUUGCGCUUAUACGGCGCUCAUUUGGAAUCAGAAUUGAAGUCGGAGACGUCUGGCAACUUUAAGCGUCUCCUGGUGUCGCUUUGCACAGCCGCACGUGACGAGAGCGGUGAAAUUGACCCGGUUGCAGCGCAGUCAGAUGCACGUGAGCUGCUCAAAGCAGGCGAACUACGUGUCGGCACUGAUGAGAGCAUGUUCAACAUGAUUUUGUGUCAACGUAACUACCAACAGUUACGUUUGAUAUUCCAAGAAUAUGAAAAAAUUACUGGCCACACAUUGGAGAAGGCAAUACGCAAAGAAUUCUCGGGUGAUAUAAUGGAGGGAUUGAUAGCCAUAUACAAGUGUGUCACCAACAAAACGGAAUACUUCGCCUCGCGCCUGCACAAGAGCAUGGCUGGCAUUGGUACAAAUGAUAAACAGCUGAUACGCGUCGUGAUCACGCGCUCCGAAAUCGAUAUGGCUGAUAUUAAAGCUCAAUUCGAGCGUAUAUACGGCAAGAGCUUAAAGAGUUGGAUAAAGGGUGACACCUCAGGUCACUAUAAGCACGCAUUAUACGCUCUCGUCGGUGAACAACGCUCCUCCUAAGUACCAAAAUCAGCGCUUACAACAAAAAUACACAUAUAUAUAUAAAUAGCACUUACGAAACGCCUUAGAAUUUACAACAGUAUUUGUUGGUUCAUUUUUGCUUCUCUCGAUGUGAAUUCGCUAAUUGUGUGUUAUUCAUCUGAUUAA